GUUACCCCUAAAACCUGCAAGAAAUUCCGUGCCCAGCUCGGAUCUGCACUCAGGAGCUUCUGAAGAAGUUGAACUUUCUUCUAGGGCUAAUCGGGCUCAUCAUCCUUGGAUAUGCUUUCUGGAAGUACAGAACCUUCAUGGACAACGGCUCAGUGAGCCCAGAUGUUCACCCUAGCCUCUGGUUCCUCUACACUUCUGCAGGCAUUGCAGUUGCUUUGUUCUGCUUGGCCUACUUGGGGCAUGCAGGUGCAGAGACUGCAAAUACAAACUGUUUGAGCUUUUAUAUGGUUGUGCUAUCUAUUCUUUUCCUUUUGGAGCUUCCUCUUGAGACAUAUACACUCUUACACCCUGAUUGGAAAGAGGGCUUUCCUGAGGACCCAACCGGGGCCAUUGAUGAGAUCAGUGAUUUUAUUGCAAAUAACGAUGGACUUUACCAAUUGGCUGUCCUGUUAGUAAUAGUUAUCCAGUCAGAGUGUGCAGCUAUGGCACUGAUACUCAAAACCAUUGUUGAGCGCAACGAGAAUAACGAUAGUGAUCCAAUUCCAAUGGGUGCCUUACACUUUCAACCUUAUUAUCGUCUUCCGUUUCGUUGAUAGCACAGUUUCGAUCUGUGGAUAUACAACAAGGGGAAUGAAGUGAAGAGCAGGUU